AUGGCUUCUCCUCAACCUCUACUCUUGAUUACUUCAUUUCUCUUUGCUAUAUUUUCUUCUUCACUUGUAGAAGCUGCUUAUAGCUAUGGUUACACUACCCCUCAAAAGCUAUUGAAUCCUAUCGAUUCUUGCUGGCGAAGAAACCCUAAUUGGGCGGCAAACCGUCGAGCCCUUGCCAAUUGUGCCGUCGGGUUUGGAAAAGCCGCAGUCGGAGGCAAGUACGGGUCAAUAUACAUUGUCACAAACCCGUCGGAUGAUGCAGAAAACCCUAAACCCGGAACUCUAAGAUACGGAGUGAUCCAGGACAAACCCCUGUGGAUCGUAUUCGCACGCGAUAUGGUCAUUGUAUUGAAGAACGAGCUCAUCAUGAAUAGCUACAAGACCAUAGACGGGAGAGGGGCAAAAGUGGAAAUAGCAUACGGUCCAUGCAUCACGAUACAGCAUGUUAGCCACAUCAUUAUUCAUGGGAUUAGCAUCCAUGAUUGUAAACGGGGUUCGUCGGGCCGGGUUAGGAGCAGCCCGAGCCACGUGGGCCGCAGGCAAGGAUCUGACGGUGACGCCAUUGUCGUGUUCGACUCUACAAAUGUUUGGAUCGACCAUUGCUACUUGGCACGAUGCCAAGAUGGUCUGAUCGAUGUGAUCCAUGCUUCCACAGCGAUUACUAUAUCCAAUAAUUACUUCACUCAACACGAUAAAGUAAUGAUGUUGGGGCACGAGGAUGGUUACACGGAAGAUAAAGUUAUGAGAGUUACAAUAGCGUUCAACUAUUUUGCUCCAGGACUGAUCGAGAGAAUGCCAAGAGUAAGGAGAGGAUAUGCGCAUGUAGCAAACAACAGAUACGACAAAUGGAAAAUGUACGCAAUCGGAGGAAGUGCAAAUCCCACAAUUUUCAGCGAAGGAAACUAUUUCGUAGCUUAUAGCAAAAAACAGGUGACGAAGAGACUGGAUGGGGGCUACGGAUCACAGAGUUGGAAAUGGAGGACAUCAAAGGAUGUGUUCAAGAACGGAGCGUAUUUCGUACAGUCGGGUUACGGAAGCAUUUCGCCCUUGUAUUCGAGAGAAGAGUGGUUUCCGGUGGCUCAUGGCUCUCUCGCCCCUUUCCUCACCUCCUCCUCCGGUCCCCUCCGCUGCUCCUCCGGCAGACCCUGCUACUGAUCCAUCUCUCUCUCUCUCUAUAUAUAUAUAUAUAUAUAUUCAUGUGUGUUGUGUGUACGUACAUAUUUUUUACAAAGCUAGACGUUUUGUUUGUUUGUACAACAAUACGGAUCUAUGUUUUGAGAGAUCCAUGGU